AUGGCCUCCACACCACUCAAACGUCCCUACUUGGACCACUACCCAGAUGCCUCCGGCUACUACGGACCCUUCGGCGGAAACCACUAUCCUCCAUCGCUACGACCCCACUUAGACGCACUCACAGAAGCCUACAAUUCCCUCCGCCACGACCCCAACUUCAUCAGCACCCUUCAUGAGGUUCGCAAGACGCUUCAAGGCCGGCCCACUCCGCUGCAUUACCUCGCAAACACCAGCGCCCAGGUCAAAGGCGCACAAAUCUACGCCAAGCGCGAAGACCUAAACCACACCGGCGCCCACAAAAUAAACCACUGCGUCGGCUUCGCCCUCCUCGCUCUCCACAUACACAAAUCCAAACUCAUCGCCGAAACCGGCGCCGGCCAACACGGCGUCGCCCUCGCCACCGCCGCAGCGUAUUUCGGGCUGGAGUGUGAGGUGCAUAUGGGCGCAAUCGAUGUACAGAAGCAGGCCAGCAACGUAGGGCGGAUGCGGCUUCUGGGAGCCAAAGUCGUGGCCGCCGGAGCGAAGGAGGAUCGGGCAGAUGGGGCAGGGAAUCUAAAAGACGCCUCCGACUCGGCGUUUCAAGCGUACACGGCACAGGCAGAGACGAGUUUGUAUGCGAUUGGGAGCGCGAUUGGGCCGCAUCCGUUUCCGUGGUUGGUGAGGGAGUUUCAGGCUACUGUUGGAGUUGAGGCACGCGAGCAAUUUUUGGACAUGAGUGGGGGAGUGUUGCCGGAUCAUGUGGUGGCGUGUGUGGCGGGCGGUUCGAAUGCGCUGGGCAUGUUUACCGCGUUCGUGGACGACGAAGACGUGACUCUGCACGCAGUCGAGCCGCUUGGCACAUCUUCAAAUGCUGGCCAGCAUGCAGCGACGUUGUCAUUUGGGAGGCCCGGGACGCUGCAUGGGGCGCAGUCAAUCGUCAUUCAGAAUGAGGAUGAUAGUCCUGCACCCGUUCGCUCGAUUGCUUCAGGCCUAGUCUAUCCCGGCGUCGGACCCGAGAUCGCCCAUCUGCAUCACGCCGGCAGGAUCAAAGUCGCCACAAUAACCGACGACGAAGUCAUCAAUACAUUCUUCCGCAUGGCGAAGCAGGAGGGGAUCAUUGUCGCGUUGGAGAGCGCGCACGCGCUGGCGUACGCGAUCAAGUUGGCGAAGGAGAGGCCGAGUACGGAGAAGAUACUGGUGAAUCUGAGUGGGAGGGGGGAUAAGGAUGUUGAUUAUGUCCUUGAGAAGUAUGGGGAUCGGCUUGGACGGUAG